AUGAUGUUUGCUUGCAAUCGGCCGGCUUCAUCGGUCGAGCACCGUGAACAAUUAUGGCGACUUGUGGAGCAGUGGAAUGAAAACCGAUUGGAUCUCUUCAACUUGAGCUAUCCGAAUGAAGAUCUCGAAAUUCAUGGUGUGAUGCGGUUUUAUUAUCAAGAAUCAAACAAUAAAGUUCUAACGAAAUGUAUUCGCGUUUCAAGUACAGCAACGACACGUGCUGUCAUUGAAGCGUUAGUGGAGCGUUUUCAUCCAGACCUUAAAAUGUUAUCUGAUCCUGACUAUUCCUUGUGGGAAGUUCACGAAAAUGGCGAAGAACGUUGCCUGUCACCUGACGAAAGGCCAUUGUUGGUACAAUUGAACUGGCAUAGCGAUGAUCGUGAAGGUCGAUUCCUGUUAAGAAAACAUGAUCGGGCAGUUAUCAUUAUGAACCGGAAAACAGGUGAUGAAAAUAAAGAAAUUAAGCGAAGUCAGAAACGCUUCUCGAAACGAGAAAAGAAAGAAUUAAAAAAGAAACAUCAACGGGCAAUAAUACAAGACAAAGAGGAUGCAAGCACAGCAACAAAAUCGCUGUAUAAAGCAUUACCUCCGACGACAUUCACGCGAACAAUAUCAAAUCCGGAAAUUGUGAUGAAAAAACGUCGAGAGCGAAAACUUGAAGCGAAGCUCAAAGAAAUGGGCCAUGGUGGUAGUUUGAAAGUAUACGGCUACGAGUUGAUGCCGAGUCGACCGUAUGUGACGUUGUUGGUAUCGUUACGAGAUCAAGCCACAAAAAUCGUUCGUGAAACACUCGACAAGUAUGGUCUUGACAAGGAGAACGUCGAUGACUACGUGCUUGUCAGGGUACGAAUGCCAAGUUCAUGUAAAAUGUCACGAUCACUCAGUGAUCUGCGUUCAUUGGAAGAUGGUGCAAGUCACGAGGAGUACGUUGAUCCGAAUGAUUAUCCAUUGUUGAACCUUGAUCCGGAUGUGAUAUUUUUGGUGAGACGUCGCGUUAACAAUAUUGCCGCUGCUGUCACAAAUGAGAAUGCGAAUUCAGUGAAAUCAUUAUCAUCACCUCAUCAUAAAUCUUAUACGAGUACAUCAGCAAAUGUUAUUGCUAAUAUCAGUGAUGGUGCUUAUGCGAACCUUAUCCCUGCAUCGUCAUCCUACCAUCCAAAGACCACUCACUUUUCAUCCACCAUCACACAGUUGCCACCGCUUCAUCCGCAUCUCAUACCACUGACAUCAGAUGGCCGUUCGAUAAAUGAACGAAUAAUAUCGCUGAACAAAGGUAUCACUGAAAUCGGUAGUGCAAAUGCAGUUGAUAUUCAGUUAAUUGGUGAGCUGAUAUGGCCACGGCAUGCAGCCAUAACAUUCUCAUCAACUUCUGCAAUCACCAUCACUCCAUCCGUUCCAAAUGCUUUAAUUGAGGCAACUCUUAUUUUCAUCAAUGGUGAAGCGAUUCAUGAAACGGUUAUUCUACGAAGUGGUGAUAUGCUCACGAUUGGACGUUUCAAUAGGUUUCGUUAUUUGGACGAGGAAGUCUCUAAAGCAAGCAUAACAAUCCGUGAUAAUUUCAGGCUAUCACCUGCACCAAGAGGUGUGUCUGGUUUUGGCAGUACUCCUGAUUUGAAUGAAGCAUUCCAACGAACAACUGCACAAACCGCGAAUAGGUUUUCAUCUGAGGAGAUUCCAGCCGUCAUUAAUGUGCCUACUAAUGUUGAAGACACUUUCUUGUCGCAUAUAUUCAGCGAAUACACGGAAGCACUGCAAUUCAAACUAUCUCCCGCAUUCAUCUUCUACAUGGUUCUUCGACAUCGAUUUCUGAAAAUAUCGCCGAUUAACGCCGAUUCGGUGCGCUCGAUUCGUUUCUUUGCUGCAAAAGCGAUUCAGCGAAUUCGAAGUUUAUUAUUGGAGCGAACUCUAUCGAAAGAAAUGUAUGCGUUCUGGAUGGCCAAUUCAAGUGAAAUGUUGAAUUUCAUAAAACAGGAUUUGCAAUUGAAAGAAAUAAUUGAGCCAUCAACACAACAGUUGUUUUUGGAGUGUGUGGAAUAUUCAUUGAAUGGUUUAAGUGGAGUGUAUAAAGAUCAUUUGAAUAAAGCGAUUGAUUCGUUUAUCGAUUGUCGUAUUGACGAUCGUUUGUCAUCCGAUGAAACGAUAAGAACACUCAAUGAUGCUGUGUAUGUGCUCCGUAUGCAUCGCAUCAAUGCUGCGCUAACAAUUCAGUUGUUCUCUCAACUCUUUUAUUUCAUCAGUUCACAAAUAUUCAAUUGGCUUGUAUCACCGAAUGGUAGUCGUUGUUGUAGCACAGCAUUUGGAGUUAGGUUGUCGAAUCGUUUAAAUAACAUUCAUAAUUGGGCGAAACAACAAGGAAUGGAAUUACCAGCCAUUUGUCACAUGGAUAAAAUUCAGCAAGCGAUCAGUUUAUUGGUAACGCAGAAAACAUCCAAUCAAAUUAGUGUACUUGGUGCUACAUGUUAUAAGUUGAAUAGCGUUCAGGUACGAUAUCUUCUUGAGCAUAUAGUUGUGGAUGUUAAUGAGGAUGCGAUUAGUAACGAUUUAAUUGAAAGUCUGGUUCAACUGGCUGAAACACAAGCCGAUCGUAUAGCGAUUGAGGAUGGAAUUGGCGUGAAUCUAGAGGAGAAUCCCAAUUUACAGACACCAUUCUUAUUACCAGAGGAUGGCUAUUGUUCGGGUGUUCUUUACUCGGUUCCUCCAUCUGUAACAAGCUUCAUUGGAACGCUUCAACAAAAAGGAUUGUGUGAGUUAUUGCCACAAGUGAGGUCGUCAACUGGCAGUUGGAUGGUGCAUUUCAACGAGAACACACCACAGCGGCACAUGCCAGCAACAGUACCAGUCCAACAACGCCAGCCACUUCAGUCGAUGCAGCUGCAUGCCUCAUUACCGCAAAUAGCACAGUCGCAAACCACAUUACCAACCAACCACUCAUCAUAUCCACAUAACGGUUAUGCAUCAAUGCAAUCACUGAACAACGCACAGUACUCAUCAAAUGCGCAGCCAUUGUCCAAUAACUUUCUGCCGCAAAAGGAACAUGUACCUCAUAUUGUUCAAAUUUCAUUCUCACGAGGCAAUGCAGGUAUUGGGCUGAGUAUAGUGGCAGCACAGGGAAUUGGUGAACGCUCAGUGGGUAUCUACGUUAAAAAAGUAGUCGAUGGAAGUGCGGCACAUCGGGACGGUCGAUUAGAACCCGGUGAUCAAUUGGUAUCAAUCAACGGUCAGUCACUUGUCGGAAUCACACAGAGCGAAGCUGCUGAAAUGAUGUCUCGUAGCGGUCCGGUGGUUUCAUUUGAGGUCAACAAAAAUGCGGCACACUAUAAUGGUCUUGAAGAAUGGCUGCGUAAUCCUCCACCUCAAUCGCAAUCAUCAACUUCUGCUCAUCUGAACUCAACUCAACCAGUUCAUAAUGUAGCUCCAAGGCACGCUGAAAGUGUUUCUUCAUUGUUAUCUGAAAAUUAUGCAAAUCAACAAUCAUUCGAUAAAUAUCAACGACCAACGGUUGUUACUAAUAGUAAUAAUGCCUAUAACUCAACUCGUUAUAACCCAACUCCAACUGGAAUGUCAUACAAUCGUAAUGAGCCAGCGCAUCAUUUAUAUUCUCGUCGUAAUGAGUAUUCAUUACCCGAUUCAAAUCUGCGCACAACUCGUUGCAAUUCAACAUCAGAACUCUAUCACUCCAAGGUUGAAAUUUCGUUACGUACAUAUUUUUUAGGUUCACAAGAUUCUAUGGGUACGGUGUCAUCGAUGCAGUCACCAUUCCAAAAACAUCGUGCCUUACCGCCGCACUAUCGUGUAUCUCAACGACCCGUCAUCAUUCAACCAGCUCGUUCCGCACAGCAACGAUCGCAGUCACCCAAUGCUAUCGCUUCAACCAUCAACCAUCAGGAAUCUUCAUCAGUUGGUGUUGUCAGUGAUGGUAAUGCUCAAAAUGCAAUCAGUUCAUCCACAUUGAAUACCACUAGGCGUGAUGAAUUGAAUGCAAGAUUGGAUAAACUGGAGGCGAAAGGGACGGCGAUGAAUGAGAAUGAACGACGCACCUACAGAGCAAUGGUCGACGAACUCGCUCGGGUACCGUUGAAACGUCCACAGAACCUGUUCACUUCACCACAACCACAGACAACUACGGUCGAAAAUAAAGUUGAAGAGAGUCGAAAUGAUGAACAGUUGGAUAAAUUAUUAGAAGACGUGAAACAACAGAUGAAUCAAAUUGAUGUGACCAGUGAUAAUGCUGCAUCGAUUUCGAAUUCAGUUCGUGCGCUCGCAACUUCAACACCGUCACCGCCUCAUCAAAUUGAUAACGAAGAUAGCACAAAAUCAAAAAAGAAAGGUGUUCAGUGGAAGAAUGAUGCUGUUGAGAAACGUUCGAUCAAUGCGACAGCAUCGGUUGCGAAAGACGAUAGUAACACAAAGUUGUUGUACAACGACGACGAAUCAUCCGAGCCUCGAGUACAGGUACUCGGCGCUCAAGAGGUAUACCGUGAUCCACGACAGCGUCGACUCAAUGAAAUACAGGCCAGACAAAACGCUUCAAACGUGCAGGUGGAUGGUGCCAAUCUAGGCUUUAAAGACAAAAUGCGAUUGUUUGCCGAACAAUUGGGUGAAAAAACACCAAAAGCCAGGUAUAAGUGUUCGUCAGCCCAGCGUGAAAUUGAGCAGUCGAACGAUUCCUCAUAA